AUGACGGGUCAGAUCAUGAGUCGCCAGGAUCGCCAGUUGGCGUCAGUGGAUCAUGGUUCGGGUUUGGCGUCAGAGGCGCACGGCACUCGUCCUUCCGGACUGAGGACUGGAACAAAGGAAAAGGGCCUGAGCACUCAGUUGAUGGACAGCUUUGAUGAAGAAUGGCAGAUGGCAGAUGCAACCCGAAAAGGGCGUGAGAAGGACUUGGGCUUGGAGCCUGGGCAGGUGGCUCAGUUUGGAAAGAUGAGUCAAAGGGAGAGAUGGCUGGAGGCAUUUCAUGGCGUGCCAUUUGCAGCCAUACCAAUACCUGAAGAUUCGCAUGCAGGAUGUCAUUGA